AUGUGUCCUAUAUUUUUCCUGAUGGCAGUUCUGAAGGACAGCGUUUGCCAGGAGAUAUGGCUGGUGAAUGGUGCAGCUACACUACAAAAAGUACCUGGAGUAGACACAAUUGUAGCACAUGGGACCCCUCCAGACCCUUCCCAGACCCCUCACAGACCNNNNCGGCCCCGGCGCUGCUCCUGCUCCUCGCUGCUGGAUGAGGAGUGCGUCUACUUCUGCCACCUCGACAUCAUCUGGAUCAACACACCCGAGAAGACUGUUCCGUAUGGUCUCGGGGGUCCUUCUCGGUCCCGGAGAUCGCUGAAAGACGUGGUGCCAGAGACGCUGGCCGAGCCGAGCAGCAGAUGCCGAUGUGCCAACCACAAGGACAAGAAGUGCCUGAACUUCUGCCAGACGGGAAAAGAUCUCUGGGCUCAGUCCACAGCGGAGAAAACCUCGCGUGGCCGCAACAAAGCUGGGAAUUGCAUCGGACCCGAAUGCAUGAGCCGACAGCCCGUUGAGAGCAGGAAAAUGAGGCGGCUGGAAGCCAUUGGUAACAGUAUCAAAGCUUCCUUCAGUAUUGCUAAGUUGAAGGCUGAGCUCCAGAAAGGGUGGAAGCUGAAACAUAACAGGGCGAACAAAAGGCAAAGCAUCUGGGAAAGCCUGAAAGCGUCCUAGUGGGAAGAUCACC